AGAAUGGUCCACCACCCAAAGGACAUCCAGCCAACUUGACACAACUGUGGGAAGCAUUGGAGUCAACAUGGGCCGGCAUACCUGUGGAACGCUUUYGACACCUUGUAGAGUCCAUGCCCUGAUGAAUUGAGGMUGUUCUGAAGGCAAAAGUGGGGGGUGCAAGUCAAUAUUAGGAAGGUAUUGCUAAUGUUUUGUAUACUCAGUGUACAUCUGGCCUAAUGAGUGCCAUCUCUCCCUUUAAGGUUACCUCCAUGACAUGCUCUCUCUAACUCCUGUCAUCCCUUACUAACGAAAGGGGGAGCCCCAUAAUUGGAUAGUGAAACUCAAAAUGUCACAUUAAUGAAGAGAAGAUUAUAGGAGCGAAUGAGAGGUUAAACCACUAUGACUCACUAAUCUGGUCAAUUUCUUCCUCAUCAGUCAUCAAACCUUACACCUCAAUUACAGAUAAUAUAGCAGCGUCAUCAUGACUAACACUUCAGUUGCAUAUCAUGUUGCGGCAUCAUCACGCCUAGAUACUAUUUUGUGCAAGGACACUAUUGGUGUGAUCAAGGCGUUAUGCCUCGAUCACACCUUUAGUGUUAGAGCUAAAUUGUACGCAGCAUCAUCUGGAAAUGUGUGCAACAAAAGUUCAACAUUCACCUUCUGCUACUAUUUCUGUCAAGCCGUCUAUGCAUAUAGUUUUGACGCAUACUGUACGUUCGAUAAAUCCAACAUAUGCACCACACAGAACGCACUGCAACUGCCUCUACAAUGCAAUGCUGCAAGGCAAACACAACGUUCCAUUGGAUAGGAAUGUACUUCUGAUGUACCAAAAUGCAAUGAUGUUGUUGGUGUGAUCGAUGUGAACAGUAACAGAUCAUAUUGCCAAAAAACUUAACUUAGUUUCCUACCCUCUUUGAUAUUGCUGCCCCAAAGAUGUAUGAUUUAGAAGAAUAGUAGAACCUUCUUGAUGGGAUAAAGGUCAGCAAUUUUGGUCAGGGAGUUGGUCAGCCAUGGUUUACCAGUGUUGUGAUAAAAUAUUGGGUAAAAUAAUGAAUUUCAAGAAUUUAUCUACAAUGUAUGUUUGUUAGCUAGCUAGCCAACCAGUUUUAGAAGAAUGAUUCCAUAAAUGUUUUUUAACUGCCAAUAUGCCAACAUUCCAUUCAAACAAUGCAGUCAAUCCACAGAUUAUAAUCAUCAUGGUUGCACAGAUUAUCAACUACUUUUUGGGUUUUGUAGACUCCUAAAAUAAAAUUCCCCAUUGUAGAUUUGACAUUUAUUCUCUAAUGUAUCCAUUUGUUUAUGUCAUGACAUCCAUUGCACUCCCUGUGACUGUUAAUUGAGGGCAAUUAAUUUCAAUUCGUUAUUAUUGCUCUCGGGUGCGGUGAUGAAGUGAAAAUAUAAUUUAAUCCUCUGCGAUGUAAUUUUAGUAUUUGCCUUAUCGGCUUCCGUACGAUGUCGUGGCGUUUCCUAUCUUGCUGAAUUAGUGUUAGCUUGUCAGCUACCAACAAAAAUAGCUAUAGYUGCUCGGAUAAAAUCUCUGACAUUAGCUAUCACCUUAAAGAUAGGAUAUCUUUGAUAGAAUAUAUCAAAAUGAGACGCGCAGGUUUGGGCGAAGGAGGACCUGGAAACUAUGUGGCCAGCGGGUACAGCGCGUAUGAAGAGGAAAAUGAACACUUACAAGAGGGUCUGAGAGCCAAAGUCAGCGCCUUGAAACAUCUGUCAAUAGAUAUUGGAACCGAAGUGAAGUACCAGAACAAAAUGUUGGAUGAUAUGGACUCAGACUUUGACUCAACAGGUGGUUUGCUGGGGGCCACCAUAGGGAGAGUGAAGCAGCUUUCCAGGGGAAGCCAGACCAAGCUCCUGUGCUACAUGCUGCUCUUCUGCCUCUUCGUCUUUACCCUCCUCUACUGGUUUAUCAAACUGAGGUGAUACGUUACAGGAGGCCCCAGCUUUUCCCUCCCUGCCUCCUUCCACUGUCUGUGCCAUAAGUCCGCCACUGGAUCAGAAGACCAGGAUGAUGAUGAUGAUGAUGAUGAUGAUGAUCAAAUCAAAUGUUAAAAUCAAAUUGUCACACGUGCCGACCUUAGCGUCAAAUGCUUACUUAGGAGCCCUUAACUAACAGUGUGACAAUAGGGGGUAAUAAUGCAUGGCUGUCAUUCAUUUUAGACAGCCCUGAUGGAAUGAAUAGACACCGCCAUAAGUUCAUGAUUGUAACGAUGUCCAUUAACGAUGAGGUAUAUUCUAGGUUAAUUUGUAACUGAGUGAUCUAGUUCAUCAGCGAUCUGGUAAGGCUAAGCAGUAACAUACAGUGCAUUUGGGAAAGUAUUCAGACCCCUUGACUUUUUCCACAUUGUUACAUUACAGCAUUCUAAAA